UAGACGCAGAGGGCGGCGAUCAGUGAUCGAGUGUGAUCGGGGGCAACGAGGGACGACGGAUUAGAUCGUCUUGCGACGUUGUAAUCAGGAAGGCAAACGUUCGCUUGCUAUAGACCAGCAAUCGCCAGCGCCCACGUCCACGAAUCUAUCCUCACACCGUGAUGGACGAGAUGGCGGAUAGCGUCGACUCUCUCUCGUGCUACUGCGGGAUAUCAACAAUAAAACAAUUGUCAGACUGUGUAGCCGCCUCUGAGGACGCGACGGCAGGACUAGGCGUACUAGAACCUACCGAAAUGCAUCAGACAUGUUGGGACGGAUAUCGGAUGGCGACGUUUGGAGAGAUGGGCAGCGGAUUUGAAUCGUUUUGUGAUAUGCUGAUUGGCAAAGGGCAGAGCAAAAGCGACCAAUCGGCGAAACGAGAGCGUUCCUGUUCGUUGUGUAUGAACUUGAGAUUCGAUCGAGAUAGUGAUACUCCUGGUGUUUGUCUUCAGUUGUCUGGCAUCGGGCAGUGUACUGAUGAGGCAAAUAGACUGUCGACUGAAGACCUACUAACAAUGUUUCCGUCGUGGAGGCUUGCACCGUUGCUACGAAAUGGAUCCGGGCACGUGCAGACUGUCGAUCCCCGAGAUCUCUCGUGUCUUCGCAAUGAUCGUGUGAGGAGUGUUCAGGAUGUCGACGACGCGUUUGCGAUUCGCUUGGGUAUGCUUUUGUGCGAGACGGUCGUCCUCGUUCACGAUGGUGACUGCCUUUACAGUCUGCAUCAGAAUGUCGAGGAGCUAUUGUCACACCUCAACUCUGUAGCUCAAAUAGAAAGGCAGGAGGAGGGCCAAAAGUCCAGAGGAGUCGUUCGAUGUACGAGAGACGUAUUUGUAGUGGUGAACUUUAAAAACAGAUCGGCUGCUUCUAGUGAACAUAAAUUUCAUUAUUUCAUGGAUGCGAGUCGAUUGAGGUGGACAGUCCGACGAGGACGUGGACAGAAGGUCACGUUCAGACUGUAUAACGAGACAAAGGUAUUGUCGGAUCCUUCGUAUUCUGUGGCAAUAUAUUAUGUCGCCUGGUUCAACGACUCUGCACCUUCAGAGCUGGAACGAGAUAUUGGCAUCUCGGUGAUUAGUUACAUCAAGGACAACAUAACGCCUCAGGGCUAUUACACAUCUCUCGGCACGUCUCCUUUCUCUCCUCUAGAGAAAGCCGCGUCUCUACUUCUUCCGUCGUUUGUUUGUGGGAACCCUUCGGUCACUAUCAGAGAAAGCCGUGUGAGGAAACUUAAACGGCAGCAGUUUUACAGCUUUUAUUCAUCACAACAAUUAAAGCGAAGACUCGAUGUUAUGAUCGAUAGAGAUCCUCUACCCGACCACCAAGAUCUGGGAAUACUUUCAGUAGAUUACACAAGCCCCGACUUACAGAUAAACUCACAGCUUCGUGAUGCUCGCUUUGUAGUAGAGUUGGCGUAUGCCAAAGACAUUGCAGUGAAGCGAACGGAUGUGCUCAGUUCUGGUGAGACCGAGUAUUACAUUAUUCAAGCCACAUACGAGAGGCCCGGUCGUGCAGACAGGUGUCUGUUUAAUAAGCUGCUUAAAGUCGAUGGAACGUACGUAUACAAAGGCUACAAGACUGAAGGCACUCGUGUUUCUUUUAUAUUUGCAAAGUAUGCUAGUUAGCUCUAUGUGAAAGCAAGUUGCGGUAACCCGGAUGUCAUGUGUAAUAAAUGCAAAGCAAUGCAAGCUGAGAGAGCAACGAGUUUUCACUCAGCACUCUUGCAUGGAACAGCAAACGUCUACUAUUUUUAUCAUUUGUCUCGAGCUUGAACAGACCUGACACUGUCUGUUGCAUUCAAUCAUAUUAUAUUGACUAGAUUAUUAUUGUACAGCAACAGUCUGUAAGUGUUUGGUUUACUUUAUGUUGUCUUAUUAGCUGUAUUACAGUAACAGCAGUUGUGCUAUGUGCAGUUGGUUCACAAAUUCAAGUGUAAUUGGGUGUGUUUAUUAUUUGAACUUGUGGAACCGAUGUUGUACACAUGUUUUUCACGUGACUAUAAAAUUUAAUAACA